AUGGAAGAGACAAUAGACAUCGAAUUUUAUGUCAAUUAUAGUGAAUUUAUUUCUAAACAUGAACAAAGAAGGUAUUGCUGGGUUCAAUUUAAUAUAAGUGAUCUAUAUUUUAAUAGUAAAUUAGAGCUUCAAAUUGAUAAAGAAAAGGGUAAAAAAUAUCUAAUGUUAGCAGCUAAAAAUGGUGAUAAAGAUGCAAUUACUUUAUGUGAAAAGAAUAAAAUAAACUUUAUCAAUAAACAAAAUUAUUUUGAAAAAUUUAAAAUUGCUCGAAAUCUUCAUAAGUCAAGAAAUAUAAAUAAUGGACAAGAA